AUGGGAGAGCCCAUGGCCAGAAAGCGGAGGAGGGCACUGGAUUGCCUGGACCUUCCUCCGGACAUCUUGCGUGAAGGGCAUGGUGACCUUCCGUGUGCUUGGCGCCUCAACGACAUGUCCUUGAGCACACCGCAUCCCAGAAGGCCUCAGUCCCAGACAUCUCAAGAUCUGCUGCCAUUCGCUGGACUCGACCGGAGCCUUUCCGCGUCUCCAUCCUUCAAUGCAGUCAGGACGACUUUAUCAAGCCUCCAGGGGUUUGCAGAGCCGGCUGCGCGGAGACCCCGAAUGGAGCCAGCCAUCAGCUGGCCGCCCUUCUUUGCGGAGAAUGGCCCACCCAGAGAUUUACCCGAGAUUCUGGUGUCGGAGAAGAGCGCGACUCUCCCAUGGGCCUGGAGGAUGCCGUUUGCUGAUGCGCAGGAGUGGUGA